AUGACAAGCUCUACUGAUGUCAAGAGUAAGCAGCAGCUAAAAAGUAAGUGUUUGUUGCUAAAUGAGCUUUGAUUGAUUUUUGAAAUUUCAUUGAAAUUUAAAAAUUUGACUUAAAAAAUUUUUGGGGCAGGGGAAAGAGAUGGAUUUAAAAAUGUUUUUGGUUGAACAUGUAACUUUAUUGUUUUAGAAGAAGACUUAUGGAAAUGUGCAAGUAUUUUUCUAUUUAUAUUAUUGACGACUUCAGUAUCUAUUAUAUUAUUACUGCUUUCACAUCGGGACGUUUGUACUAACGGUAAGCAAUGUAUAAUUAUAUUACUUUAAGUGAAGGUUUUGUACUUUUUAUAAAAAGGCAAGGCAUUUUUGGAAAGUGCAGGCUAGGAUUAGACUAUAAUAGUAAAGCUAAGACUGAGGCUACGGUUGGGACUAGGGCUCUGCACUAUGGGCUAGGGCUAGGGCUCUGGGCUAGGGUUCUGGGCUAGGGCUCUGGGCUAGGGCUCUGGGCUUAUGCUCUGGGCUUGCACUUUGGAUUAGGGCCAGUUUUAUUUUAAUAGUUGACUUUUUCAGAAUAUCAUACCUCACUUAUUGAAUCUCAACCGAAGAUAUUUAUCAUAACUCCAACCUACGCAAGACCAGAAAGAUUGGCCGACUUAACUAUGUAAGUGAUCUAAAUACUGUUUCUAAUUUUUUUUUAUUUUGCAAAAAAAAUUCAUUUCUUUUUAAAUUUAAAAUUUAAAUUUUUUAUUUAUGUUGUUCUAGGCUAGCUCAAGUAUUGAUGCAUGUAAAAAACAUUCACUGGGUCGUUGUUGAAGACGGUGGACGAAUAGCCGAACCAGUAGAACGGUUGCUUCAUCGGACUGAAAUUGAACAUACGUACUUCUCAGCAGUAACACCUGAUUACUUGCCUAGUAAGUUUAUUUUUACCGUAGGAUAUGCAUUAUAUAGCUAAAUGAAGAUAAAUGAGUGUAGCUGAAGGCUUGGCAGAGGUAGCUUAAAGUAAGGUAAAGAUAGGUAAGGGUGUGUGGGAGUAGGUGAUGAUUGCUAAGGAGACAGGUGGGGGUAACUAAUGGUAGGGCAGAACAAGGCAAGGCAAGUCAAGGCAAGGCAAGGCAAGGCAAGGCAAGGCAAGGCAAUAAUUACAAAUACCAUUUUCAGAACGAGGCUGGGCCCAACGAAACGCCGCCCUAAGGCAUUUGCGAGAAAAGUACAUUGCCUACACUGAUCAUGCUUUAGUCUACUUUGCUGAUGAUGACAAUUCGUAUGACUACAGAGUAUUCGAUGACUAUAUACGCAAAGUAAAGCGACUUGGAGUAUGGGCCGUUGGGUUGGCCGCUAGCUCUCGGAUCGAAGCACCUAAUGUUGACAAUGACACUGUUAUUGGAUGGAACGUUAUGUAUCGACCACACCGAAGAUAUGCCGUAGAUAUGGCUGGGUUCGCUGUGUCAUUACGACUUAUUUUGGGGACAUUGUGAGUUUUCUGUAAAAUUCGUCUUAAAAUAGCAAGAACUUUUUUUACAAAACAAAAAUUGCAAGAACUUUCUUUACAAAACAGAAAAUGGCAAUAACUUUCUUUACAAAUCAAAAAAUGGCAAGAACUUUCUUUACAAAACAAAAAAUGGCAAGAACUUUCUCUACAAAACCAAAAAUGGCAAGAACUUUCUUUACAAACCAAAAGUGUGACCCAUCGUAUAACGUGUCACUCGCAACCUGCGAAUCGUUUAAAUCAGGAGUUUUUGGUUUUAAAUGGCAAGAACUUUGUUUCCAUAACAAAAAAUGGCGAGAACUUUCUUUACAAAAAAAAUGGCAAGAACUUUCUUUACUAAACAAAAAAUGGCAAGAACUUUGUUUCCAUAACAAAAAAUGGCGAGAACUUUCUUUACAAAACCUAAGAUAACAUUUCUAACUCCAGAGCUUUGUUUGGCAAAGACUGUGUUGGAUCUGAUCCUGAAGACUGUUUUCUUCGUCAGAUCGGUGUACCACUAAGUGAACUGGAGCCAUUUGGACAUGAUACUGAUCCGAAGGACGUGCUUGUCUGGCAUACAAAGACUGUUGUUUCUAAAAUGAAAGGCGAGAGCUAUGGCUAUGUUUUUGAGGAAAAACAUUUGUAA